GAGCCGAGGGGCGGGACUGCAGCGGCGGAGGCUGGAGUGAGGAGGCGUCGGGAUGCAGCGACCCGGGCCCUUCAGCACCCUCUACGGGCGGGUCCUGGCCCCGCUGCCCGGGCGGGCCGGGGGCGCGGCCUCCGGCGGAGGCGGGAACAGCUGGGGCCUCCUGGGCUCCCACGUGCAGCCUCCGGGGCGUGCACAGUCGGGGACCCGCGGCGCCACCGGCAGCGCGAGCUCCAGCGGCCUGGACGCCAAGCACGUCUGCCCGGCCCCCUCCGCGAUGUCCAAGGCCGAGGAGGCCAAGAGGCUGGCGGGUCGCGCCGCGGUGGAGAACCACGUCAGGAAUAACCAAGUGUUGGGAAUUGGAAGUGGCUCGACAAUUGUGCAUGCUGUACAGCGAAUAGCUGAAAGAGUGAAACAGGAGAAUCUGAGCCUUGUCUGUAUUCCCACUUCCUUCCAGGCCCGGCAGCUCAUCCUGCAGUAUGGCUUGACCCUCAGUGACCUGGAUCGGCACCCAGAGAUUGACCUCGCCAUCGAUGGUGCCGAUGAAGUGGAUGCUGAUCUCAACCUCAUCAAGGGGGGUGGAGGCUGCCUGACCCAGGAGAAGAUCGUGGCAGGCUAUGCCAGUCACUUCAUCGUGAUUGCUGAUUUCAGGAAAGACUCAAAGAAUCUCGGGGAUCAGUGGCAAAAGGGAAUCCCCAUCGAGGUCAUCCCCAUGGCCUACGUCCCAGUGAGCCGAGCAGUGACCCGGAAGUUUGGGGGCGAGGUUCAACUUCGAAUGGCCGUCCACAAGGCAGGUCCUGUGGUGACGGAUAAUGGGAAUUUUAUCCUGGACUGGAAGUUUGACCGGGUUCAUCAAUGGAGUGAAGUGAACAAGGCCAUCAAAAUGAUCCCAGGCGUGGUGGACACGGGCCUGUUCAUCAACAUGGCCGAGCGAGUGUACUUCGGGAUGCAGGACGGCUCUGUGAACGUGAGGGAGAAGCCCAGCUGUUGAUGUGUCCACCUUGGUCUGCAGCCCCCAGCCAGGGGGACGUGGCCGUCCGGGGGCCUUUGCCUUAAUGUGUCUGUGGGGGUGAGGGGGAGCUCAAUCCAGUCUUCUGCAGUAUUGUUAUUAAUGUCUUUUUAAACAGAAAUUUAAAGAUUAUAUAUAUAUUUUUACUAUUAAGAUAUUCAAUUUUUUUUAUAAAGUAGAACUUGAUUUCAGGUUUUAUAUGAAACAUUUACCAAAAAAAGAAAAAUAAAAAGGGCAAGAUGGGGAGAUGAUCUUUAAAAUCUUCGACUUGAACCUGCUGAGGCGGCUUCUGAAUAUUGGUUUGCUGAGAAAGGAGGUGAAGCUUUCCUCGAAGCUGGUGAAG